AUGCCAAAACUCAUCACCGCAAGAAACAAGCUCGCAAAAGCCACACGGAAACAGGAGCCACGGCUCACGGGAGAGGGAUGCUCCAAGCGGAGACGCCUCCUUCUUUUGGGGUUUGGCGUGGCAUCGAUGUUUCUACAGUGCGUUUCCUACAUGGCGGACGUUUCAAAUCUACAAGAUCUACGUCGCUCCAUUGCCCGAUCUCUGACAUUCCGAGGAGGUCCCGCCGUUGCGAAUGGUCCUACUGUUGGAUUGACGGUGGUCCAUUGCAAUGAAGACUGGAGUCGCAUGAGCUGGCUCGACGAAAUUCCCUCUCAUUGGAAAUUGGUGAUUUACGAAACUUGUGGCCAAACCAUAUCCAAGGCAUUCUCACGUCCCUGGAAAAAUGCCGGCCCCGAAGAAUGCACGGGAUAUCUACAGACUAUGAUUGACCAGUACGACAAUCUGCCUGACAUUAACAUCUUUUUCCAAUCCGAUGGUCUGCUGGGACGAGGGAGGCCACAAAAGUUUUAUACCAUUGAGCAUUCUCCCUUCAAGACCAUUCAAGAGCUCAUCAAUGCCACCAUGGAGUACUCUCCUUCGUGGAAUGAAUCUCAUUUUCUCCAUUAUGGCCCCAAGUUCCUCCGGAUUUUGAAUGUCAAUUCCAAGGAGAACUACAUUGACUACAAUGCCAGAGAGGUGCUAGACACGAUGCAAAUGCCCUAUCUCAAAAUUCACGAGAAUAACACCGCUUUGAAUGCCACUUCCAGUAUGACCCGAUCGGGAGCCUGCUUUGCGGUAUCUCCCGAUCGAAUCAGGGCAAAGCCUGUGGAGUUAUACAAGCAAUUGCGGGAUAGCCUGUACGAUGCAUUUGAAGAGGGUGGAUCACGGAAAUCCCGACCACGAUGUUGCGCAUUGGAGCAGCUUUGGCAUGCCAUCCUGGGAAGCCCCUACGUGCUUCCUACCAAUGAGACUGUGGAUCAUUUAUGGGAUGCCAAAAUGAAUUUUUAUGAGGGAAGAUGGGAGGAAGAACUCAAGAGGCAAAAAGAGCAGCAGCAACAACAACAAUCCAAUCACAGUACUAGCUAG